AUGAUACCUAAGGAAAAAGGUCUUCAAGCAUCACAACCCGAUCAGGUUUCGCAUCCCCGCUGUUCCAAUUCACAAACAACAGCUGGAACUUUACUAGCAGAUGUUGAGAAACUGUCCAUCACGCCAGUUGAUCUUCUGGACAUAUCCGGGGCCACUAAAGCCCCACAUAUCUUUGCGGUCUAUGAGACAAAAAUCAAAGGAAAUGUGGAGUCAUUUAGUCUGGAGGAAACGAUACUAAAAUCGGUGCCGGCGAGAUUCACCGUAACAUGGUUUGGUCCAAAGCGCGUCUCCAUAAGAAGUCCGUCAUAUUUCAAACCGAUCUUUGUGCUUUUCUUCGAAUAUGAGGAAAAUAAGAGAAUUCUCAGAGUUCGAGUAAACAGCAGUGCGCCAUAUGCGGAGAUGGCAACAAGAUCCCAUCUUCGCAAUCUCAUCCAAAAUCGAGACUGGAAGUAUGGCUCACUAUUUGAAGACUUGCACGAGUUCAUUAUGAAAACUCGAAAAGGAGAAGAGGAGAAACCAGCUGAUGAUAGUCGCUUAGCAAUGUACCCAGAAGUUUUUGAUCUGGAUGUCAAUAAUGAAACAUUGGCCCCUCUCGCCAACAAAUUUGAAGAACAGGAGCAAAUUGCCCUACUGAGCCAGCUGUAUGUGGAAGAUGAUUGCGACAUCUCAUCAUUCGAAGUUGUGUGUAAUAUGAUUAUCGCUCCUCCAGGUUCUUCCCCUAUUGACCUACUUUAUGCAGUGUUACCUGCACCUGUGAUGUCUUUCCUGAUUAAGAAACUGUAUGCUUUUUGCAAUCCUGGCAACUCUAAAUUCGUAAAGUGUCCUCGUUGUCAUGCCGAUCUCGCUACAACGUUUGAACGCGAAUUCUCUAGCUGCACAUGCUCAAGUUGCGGUUGUGCAUUCUGCUAUCUGUGUGACUGCGAACCACACUGGCCUAUGAGUUGUGAAGAGUAUAAACGCUGGACAGACCGAUGGGAUACACAAUAUUUUCUCGAGAAGAACCACAUAGUUGGUGAUGGGCAAGUGAGACUCUGCUUAUUCUGCGAGGAAGUAUUCCAGAUAUGUGCUGAAGCACACAGACAAAGGUUUGAAAAGAAUGAAAACGAAAACUUCAAGAAGUAUGUGGCAAACUACUUCAGUUCAAAGAAGGAACAAAGAAAAAUGAACGAAACGAGGAACCUA